AUACUAUAAAUUUUCUUAACCUUAAAAAUAGUGUCAGAUAUUUUUUAGAUGGCGUUAAUAUGAUAUUGUUUCAAUAGAUAGAUAUUCAACUUUAAAAGAAUAUAAUCGGCAAAAUAUAAUCAAAUGGAAUUUUUUCAAAUAAAUUUGUUCAAAUAUAUAUCUAUAUUUACAUAAUGACAUUUGUCAAAUAAUUAAUAUAUACGUAAUAGUGAAUUCUCAACAAUAAUGCAACACAUGACUGUACUUUUGGAUUACAAAAAACGCAAUAAUUAACACGUUGGAAGUAGCCACGUUGGCUUGAUGUAUACAUGGUUACUUGAUAAGAAUCUUGACUUGACCAAUCAUCGGUCGUAUAUUCGAUCAUCGCUUAUCUUCCCGCCAAACACGAGUGAUCUUUUCAGUAAAACGAUCAUCUGUUCCAGAGAACAUCAGUAGUUUUCUUAACAUUUUUUUAAUUCUUAUAUCUUAAAAAUUAUUAUAAUAAUUAUAAUUAUAUUAUUAUAAUUAUAAUUUAAUUCUUUGUGUUCAUAUAUUAUUAUAAUUUUUCGAUCAAGUGAAAAAUUUUUCCAGGAUGUGGAUGAUAUUUGCAAGUGGCUUUUUAGCUAUUGCAUUAACAAAUGCGGAUAAUAAAGCAAAUAUGGCUUUCGAUGCAACAAACCCUCCAGAUGCAAUUCCUGACUUCGAUGGAAAGCUUCCAACGGCGAAAGAACUUCUCGAAAUGCUUGAUUCGAUGAGUGGCUUAUCAGAUGAAGAAAAAUCAACUCUUAGAGAGAAUCUAUUAAAAAAUCUUCAAGGAGAUCAUGUUCCUGAGACGAUGCCUGACAAUGAUUUGACUAUGCAAACUAUAGUUCUUUUAUCCUUAUUGAGCAUUGUUGUUCUCAUCUUUGUUUUCUUCGUUUACAAAUUGUUCAAAUGCUUAUCGGACAGACAAACAAAACGAGAAGAGAAGAAGAAGACUAAACAAAUGAAGAAGAAAAAGUAAUGCAACUGAUAUAAAAAUAAGAAUAUCCAAUGUGUUAUAAAUCAUAGCGAUAUUAUGUUGUUAUGCAAUUAAUCUUGUUAUAUUUUAUGUAAAAAAUAAUUUAUAAUUUACAAAAUACUCUAUUUUUUUAAAUAAAAUAGUAUAUUUAUAAAUUAUAAAA